AUGGCGUUGGUCCAAUCCCUUUCCGACGAGAGCUUGCUUCAAACCGCGCCUUGUGGUUUCUUGGUCACGCCUCUCAAGCCUGACCGCACUAUCAUCUACGUCAAUACCGUAUUUGAGAAGAUUACUUGGUAUCGUGUUGAGGAGGUGAGGUGCUCGGCCGCAACUGGUACAUCUUUUCUAUCCCUUUGUUUUUGCUAA